GGUCCCCACAGCAAACUGCCCAGCUGGGCACGGGCGGUGACCCCCCGCAUCUUCUACAUCACUGAGAAGGCCUGGAACUACUACCCCUACACCAUCACGGAGUACACGUGCUCCUUCCUGCCCAAGUUCUCCAUCUACAUCGAGACCAAGUACGAGGACAACUGCGGGGACAGCGAGAACAUCUUCCACAGUGACAAAAUCCUGGGUGACCACGAGGUCUCUUUCCUGGACAUCGCCUUCGACGAGAUCCCUGAGCGCUACUACCGCAGCCUGGAGGACCCCCGUUUCUUCAGCUCGGCCAAGACGGGCCGGGGGCCGCUGCGGGAGGGCUGGCGCCAGCACACCAAGCCUAUCAUGUGCUCCUACAAACUGGUGAGCGUCAAGUUCGAGGUGUGGGGGCUGCAGACGCGGGUGGAGCAGUUCGUGCACAAGGUGAUCCGGGACAUCCUGCUGAUAGGGCACCGGCAGGCUUUCGCCUGGGUGGACGAGUGGUGCGACAUGUCCCUGGAAGAGGUCCGGGCCUUCGAGACUCAGAUGCAAGUGGCCACAAACCAAAAGCUGGGGAGCCAGCACCCCUAAGCCCCUCUGCCUGCCGGGGAUGGACCCCCUGGACCCCGCCUUGCUGCCUGGGGGUGGGUGCAGGCAGGGGGCUUGUGCCCCCCCUGCACCCCGCGGCAGUGUCCCCCUUCCCAGCUGCCCUCCCUCGCCGCGUGUCCCCUGCCUGCGCUACCUGCGCUGCCUGUCCGUCCCUUCCCUUCUGCUGGCUGGGCUGGCGCUGGAGCUGUGGAGCUGGCUGCGCUGCCUAGCACCCCCUUCCCUUCCCUUCCCUGCCCGGCCCCCUGUCCCCUUCCUGUCCCCCAGCUUGGUGGGGAGCCGGGGCGCGGGCUGCCCCGGGAUCGGGGGUGCC